UUAGAUAUGUAAAUACAUAAAAUUCUGUCGGAUGUAAGUAAAAUUUGCAUUAUAUUUUCAGCUAAACGCCAAGGGAGGAAUUAGAGCCACAGAUCUGCACGCUGCAGUAUAAUUUUGGACCAAGAAGAAAGGAAAGCUCCUGCUGCUGUGAUUACUAGCAGGAAACAUGUGAAGUAAGUUAUUAUCAACUCUUACAGUUGCAUGCUUUGUUAAAAGAAAAUGAUGCGCAACUACACAAACUCACCACAUGAUGGGCAGAUCUCCUAAUUUCCUAAUUUAUAUAUAAGAUGUCUAUGGUUUCACGUAUACAUAUGAUUUCUUCAACCAAAACCAUUUUUUUUUAAGUUUCAAAUACCCUUCUCUAAAUUUCUCCAAAUUAUAAAGCAAAUUUCUUUGUGCUCCUACUGAUGCCAAUCAUCAUGAAAGCAGAUCAUAGCCAGAAAGAAGAAACCAGAAUCAGCACACAGAUGAAGAAAGUUAAAAAGCUUCCAGUUUCUGUUUGCAGGAACAUAUGGAAGGUGGGAAAAGAUGACCCAAGGAGAGUCAUCCAUGCCCUCAAGGUCGGUGUAGCAUUAACGCUGGUUUCCUUCCUCUACUUGUUGGAACCUCUUUUUGAGGGAGUUGGGCAGAACUCAAUGUGGGCAGUGAUCACAGUGGUUGUGGUGCUUGAAUUCACUGCAGGUGCAACUUUGUGCAAGGGUUUGAAUCGAGGAUUCGGGACGCUAUGUGCCGGCUCUCUAGCAUUUUUCAUAGAAUUCAUGGCGGAAGAAACAGGAAGGGUUUACCGUGCAGUUUUCAUAGGCACAACAGUGUUUUUAGUAGGUUUCAUGUCAACAUAUUUGAGGUUUUUUCCAUGUAUAAAGAAGAACUAUGACUACGGAGUGGUGAUUUUUCUACUAACCUUCAAUCUGAUAACGGUAUCAAGCUUUAGAGUUCAAAAUGUGCUGCACAUGGCACGGGAACGCCUCUACACCAUUGCCAUCGGUUGCGGUAUCUGCCUCUUCAUGAGCCUUCUAAUAUUCCCCAACUGGUCAGGAGAGGAUCUCCAUAGGUCUACAGCCAGAAAGUUUGAAGCAUUAGCAAAAUCAAUCGAAGGUUGCGUAGAAGUGUAUUUCCAUGACAAAGAUGAUAAAGUCAGUGAAGAUAACAUUGAGGAUCCAAUUUACAAAGGUUACAGGGCAGUUUUGGACUCCAAAUUUAGUGAUGAGACACUUGCAACCUUUGCAAGCUGGGAACCCAGGGCAACCAGGCACUGCCACAAAUACCCAUGGCAACAAUAUGUGAAGCUUGGCACAGUUCUUAGACAUUUUGGGUACACAGCUGUGGCGCUUCAUGGUUGUCUUCAAUCAGAGAUACAGGCGCCCAAAUCCGUAAGAUUACUGUUCCGAGACCCAUGCAUGCGAGUCGCAUCAGAAGUGUCGAAGGUCCUCAUUGAGCUAGCUUACAGCAUAAGUAACCGCCGUCUAUUCUCUCACGACGUCCUCUCCGACCAUCUCCACGAAGCCUUGCGGGACCUCAACUCCGCGAUCAAAUCUCACCCUCGUCUUUUUCUAGGCUCCAAAAACGCGAGGAAGGUGGCAGAACUGAAGCGUGAUAUGACUUCGUCCGCCGUUGCUUUGCCUUCGCUUAAAACCGAUACAUCAGCAAUGCAACAAUGGAAGAACAACAGGGUUGCAGACCAACCAAGGGGGCUAACCGAGCAAAAGCAGUUAAGGCCGACUCUGAGUAAGAUUGCGAUAACUACCCUAGAGUUCUCAGAGGCGCUUCCAUUCGCAGCCUUUGCUUCCUUGUUAGUAGAGAUGGCUGCAAGGCUGGAGCUUGUUAUUGAGGAGGUAGAAGAACUAGGAAGAGCAGCGUAUUUCAGAGAGACAACAGCCAGUGAUGAUAAGAAAAUCAAAAUUAAAAUAGAAAACAUGAGGAGUGACGAAAAUCAUCACGAUUUACAUGCCCAUGAGGUGCACCGGAUAGUUGACUAAGAACGGGAAAAAAACUAACUUAAUUGUGGAAUUCAUCUAUAAUUUCUAGUUGAAGUAUGCGGCUUUGCUGUUUAUUGCAAUAAAUUAACAAAAUAUGUAUUAGAGUCAUUUGAACUCAUCGCUCAUCAAUACGAUAUAUUUUGAACUGAAGUCGAAUUGGUUUUUUGUUGCAGUGCUGUUAAAAAGCUACAAAAUUUGUUGAAUUAAUUGCCUGGGUUACUAGUUAGAUGAUAAAAAAAAUCUUCUUUUAUCAUUACGCAGAAUAUGGACCUAGUAAUGUAUUGCUGAAAUAUAAUCAGAGCUUAUGAAAUGGGAGAACUGCACCAGAAGUGGUCUUAUACAUCCAGCAAAUACAUUAUAUGUUUUCUGCUCCCCCUUUGUUAAUCUUCACUAUCUUCAAGCACCUUUGGGGCCUAU